AUGUCAUUCAUCUCCCGAGCAUGGUCUCGAUUAAGCCGACACCGCCCACCACUGCAACCGCGUAUAUUCGCCAACCCCAACUUUACUCGAAUACCUGCAGAUGUCCCAGUCGAGGAGGAAGCACUGCCCGACUAUCUCCCAGCGCGUUACUACCCCGUGCGUAUUGGCCAAGUGCUCGUCGAUCGUUAUCAGGUGGUUGGGAAGCUUGGCUUCGGCGCGACCUCGACAGUUUGGCUGGCCCACGACUUACACCGCCGACGCCAUGUCGCCCUCAAGGUUUUUAUACGCUCCCAGACGCUUGGAGAUGGCGCCGGAAACGAAAUCGCCAUGUUCAAGCGUAUGGAGCAGCGCGCAUCUAACCAUCCAGGUCGACACGCCGUCAGGACCCUACUAGAUUCUUUCCAGCUGGAUGGACCGGAAGGGGAACACCUGGUUCUGGCGCACCCGCCACUGUGGCGAAGUAUCGAGGCGGCCAUCCGUCGAACCUCGCCCCGAAGGCUCCCACCUUCUGGCCUGCGGUUCGUCUUAAAAGACUUGUUCCUGGCGCUGGAGUAUCUGCAUGACGAAUGUCAAAUCAUCCACACCGACAUCAAGGCGGACAACAUCAUGUUUGGCAUCAAGGACUUAUCCGUCUUCGCUGAGUUUGAGGAGGAGGAGAUGAAUAGUCCCUGUCCACGCAAGGAGGUAGAAGGGAGAACCAUUUACGCUUCUCGAGCAAUUAAAUCCCCAGGAGAAAUUGGCCCCCCGGUCUUAUGUGACUUUGGCUCAGCUGUAUUUGGACAUGUUGAGCACCUCGAUGUGUGUGUGCAGCCCCAUAUCUAUCGCGCCCCGGAGGUGACACUCGAAGCUUCGUGGGACUACAAGAUUGAUAUCUGGAAUGUCGGAUGCAUGAUUUGGGAUAUAUUUGAGGGAAACCAAUUGUUUUACGCUGUUGACCCAGAGCACAAGGCUUAUCGAAGGCGGGCUCAUCUCGCCGAAAUCAUCGCGCUACUAGGGCCUCCGCCAAAGGAUCUCCUUGCGCGCGGCCGCCUGGCGAGUAAAUUUUUCUCAGAUCAAGGCACAUUCGCCGCUGGGAUUGAUUUGCCAACAUCGAUACCGCUGGAGCAGAGGGAGACGCUUUUGACCGGGGACGACAAGAAAGAAUUUCUAGAAUUUAUGCGGAAGAUGCUUCAGUGGAGUCCAGAACGACGCAGCACCGCCAAAGAGCUAUUCCAGGAUGCUUGGCUACAGGGGCGGACAUGA